AUGGCAACUCUUGUUUUUCUCAGUUUUGCGCUUUUGGUAUGCACAUCAGCGUCCCAACUCCAACCUCGCUCUAUCACCCCUCCCGAUGGAUGUCCUAUUCCCACAUGGCGAGUCAACACUUUUCAAUGGUAUAACGGCUCGCAUAGCCUAGAUUGUAUCCACAACGAAGCCGAUAUCGAUGCUAGAGGGUGUCUCUGCGGUCAUGGAUGGUGCGAGCCCGAUCCCGCGACGUGCAAUGGGACCAUGGUCAAUUUAUGCUGGACUGGAAUGCCAAGCUAUGAGCCAUGGGGCUAUGGACCGCUGGAAACACUGACCAUCGACUUUGAUGACGGUCUUGCUUGCCACGAUGAAUACAUCGGAUACCGCAUUCAUGAUAUGGGUUAUGGCGAGACCAACUGUGGAUAUGCCGACCGUGGCGCUGGGCGCAUUGUUGCUUUCUAUGGAACCACCAACCUAGAAAGUUCCACAGGACAUAUGGAUUACACUCUCGGUGAUGGGCAUGCAAUGAAGUGCGAGAACGGCAGCAGCAUCACCUAUUUCGGUAGCACGGAUUUCGAGCUGAGCUGCACACAUGACGCUUUCUACAACGCCACUUGCACUGCUCCCAUCUUUGAAGUCCCAGUCCUUAGCUAUAAAUGGGUCUAG